AUGGGCGCCAGGCGCCCUGAGGGUGCUCCGCCACCCUCCGCCCAGGUGGCAGGGCCGGCCGAUGCUGUGGGACCGCCCGUCCACCGUCCACGGCUUGGCCGCCCAGCCGCCGCGGCGAGCCCCGCCCGCUGCCUGCCUCCGGCUGCGGGGCGCUCUCCCCGUGCCGCGGUCCGCAGGGGCGAGGGGCGGUGCUCGGGCGGGCCGAAGGGCGUCGAGCACUACAAGGACCCCUCGUCGGUGGUGCUGCCCCCGCUGCCCAAGUUCCCGGAGCCCGACUUCGAGGCGGACCGCGCCAGGUCGCUUUCCCCGGCGCGCUCACCCCCCCGAUCGACAUCGGGGCCGUUCAAGACGGCGAAGGGCACCUGGGUGGACCACGUGGCCAGCCUGCUGUCCGAGCGCGCUUCGUGGUCGCCCCCGCUCUGCCACGACGGCAGCCGGCCCUCCACCGUCAGCACGCGGCCGCCCUCGACGUCCGCGAGGGCGAGGCAGCCUCCGCGGCUGGCCCCCUUCACCCCGCGGCCGGGGUCGCAGUCCGCGCGGGGGCAUGCGGAGAGCGAGAACCAGAUCAGCGGCUCGACGCUGCCGUCGGCGGAGUCGCGCGUGGAGUCCUCCAACUUUGACGCCGGGUCGCGGGGAUCGGCGUCGCUGCUGGCUGUGCACGCCUGGUGGUCGCCCGUGGAGGAGGCGCAGAGGAGCAGGUGUCCGACGCGCCUCGAGGAGUCGCUCAAGAGCGUCCACGGCCAGGUGUACAACAGGACCGUGAGGCGGGUGCGCCGCAGCACGAGCCUGCGUGCUCAGGAGCGACACGCCUUGGAGAUGGAAAUGGCCGCGCGCCUGAUGCGCGCGCGGGCCCUGCUGGGCAAGUGGCAGGUGGGCAUGCAGGAGAUCAGGGCCGCGCGGAAGGCCCGGCGCUCGGAGGCCCUCGCGGUGGCGCUGGAGAAGUGGGGCUUCUGCCAGGAGCCCGAGCUCGUGGAGGCCGAGGCCGACGUGAGGAGGUGGCGCGAGAUGCAGGAGACGCACCCGCUGCUGCUGCACCAGGCGCUGGAGGCGAGGGACAUCCCGCGCCUGCGGCAGGUCGUGGGAGAGCUGAACGACGGAGGCCCCGCGGACGUCGAGGAGCUGGAGACGGCGCAGCGGCUGCUGAGCAGGUACGACGCGCAGGCCAAGGCCCUCGCCGACUCGGUCGACGCGGGCAGCGCCCGCUCCAUCUCCCUCGCGCUGCAGGCCUGGGAGUUCGACAAGCAGGACCCGCACGCGCUCGCCGCGCGCCAGGCGCUCUCCGGGCGGGAGGCGCAGAAGGCUGUCCUGCGGAGCGUCACCUCCGACAAGAACGGCCCGGGCCUCAAGGAGGCGGUCGCCGCGUGGGCGUUCGAGGCGCAGGAUGAGGACUUCAUUAAGGCCGUGGCCGAGCUGCAGGCCUACGAGAAGGCCGCCCGGGAGCUGCGGCGGCUGCUGCAGCCCCCCGUGGACCUGCCGGGCCUGGCCGCGGCGGUGGCCGGCUGGGCCUUCUCGCCGCAGGACGCGCUGCUCAAGGGUGCGCAGGACCGCCUCGCUGCGUUCGAGGCGGCGCUGCGGGAGGCGAUGGCCGCGUCCGACGGCUGGUCGCUGCAGCGGCUCUGGGACUGA